AUGGCAACUAAUAUAUUAAAAGCUCAUAAGUUUGAUGAAGAAUUAGAAAGAAUUAAUGUGCAACUUAUUAAACAGAAUAUUAGUAGCAAGCAAUUAACAAAUGAAGAAUUAAAGUUAGAAAUAUCUUCUGUACAAGCAAAAAAAGAACAAUUAGAGUUGCUAAUCUCUGAGUAUAUUGAUGAUAAAAAAAAAAAAAAGAACGAUAAUCAGCUUAAAAUUAGUCACCCGAUUUGUAUAUUCUGUCAUCUUCCUCCUUGA